AUCUAUAAUUUUUUAUUGACUAAAGGCAAUUUAUUAGUUAGUUAAUUGUGAUUGAUUGCUGACCCAAUUAAAUAGUAAUUAAAUAUUAAUAAUGAUUAAAUUACAAUUAAAGUAGUGUUAUGAUCGUUGAAUUUAAUUUAGUGCAUCAUGGGACCUAAGAAGAAAACAAAUCUAUUUUAUGGUAAAGCUAAAUCUUAUUUAGUUUGUAAUUUUCCAAUACCAGCUCAUUUAAAUAUGGGCUGUAGAAAUGGACAUGUACUGCAUAUAUUGGCAACUAACAAUGAUUCAUACCAAGUAACUGUAGAACUAAUCAGUAAGUAUUUUAACAUCAACAUUUUUCCCAAUCAGAUUCUGCAACUAGUUAAAAAAUCAAAAGUCUUUGUAAAAGGUUUUUCACGAAAUUCAAAACAAUUUAUUGACAUCUGCAACAUGCUCUUUGAAUACCAACCAACAACAUCUGCUGUGACUCAAACAUCACAGUUAAUCACAACCUCUAAUCACAUAGCUACGUGUUCUUCAUUUUUUUCUCAGCAAAUCGCUGUUUCGUCUCUAUCAAAUAGUGACUCUUCUCAAGAAUCAUUAUCCAGGUUGAGAGCUGACCAGGUUAGUCCCAGGAAAAAGAUUAUGAGAAAGAGAUUAACCAUUUUGGAAAACAAAAUUGCAAUUAAAAAGAGAAAACAUAAAGAAGAUCUUAAAGGUUUAAGAGAAAAGGCAAAGGCUAGACCAUACAGAUUAAAAUAUCUAAAUCAAGUUAUUGCUUGUAAGGAAAAGAUAAUUCAUCAACUUAGAAAAAAAUUAAAAGAACAUUUUUUAAAUAUACAGUUAAAAAAACUUCAAAAUCAAAAUUUUUAUUUGAAACUUUCUUCGAAACUUCGUGCUUGCAAAAAUAAAACAACUGCUCUGCUUUGUAAAAAGCCAACUGAUAUUCAAAACAAGUUGAUAUUAUGGGCUAUCUCUAAUGCCAGGAAAAAUCGAUUUACAAGUAUGCAAUGUCAUAAUGAACUGAAGUUAGAACUGCUAAAACGAAUGGCGGAUAAAGUUCAGAAAAGGGAGGACAAAGACCGCAGAAAGGUAGAAAAAAUGGUUAAAAGUUGCAUGCCCAAUCAGGUAAAAGAAAUGUUUCCUGACCUAGAAAAUAACGAGGCCUCAGAUAUUGAAGAAAUUUUUAUUGGAGCUGCUAUUGGAAGAAGUAUUUGCCACAUGUGGUUCGAUAAUGCCAAUAACACCUAUGAGGUAUAUUACGGCAGAAUUGUUAGCAUUAAAAAGAAGAACAAUGAUAUAUAUAUAUAUAUAGUUUCUUAUUGGAAACCAAAAGAAAAUGAAGAUGAUGACGGUGUUGAGUAUGAUAUGAGCAAAUAUCAACUUUCUGCAGACAUAAUAAGCGGUGAUAUGGUGAUAACAUAACAGAAUUGUGUAAUAAUAAGGUAGUCGGGUAGUUACCGACAUCCAACAACCAGGGUUGACCUGGUGCAAAGUGCUAUGGGAAACCAAAGCUCAUUUACUUUUUGACAUAAGCAAAUGCUUGGCUUAUGACAAUUAAUGUUUAUCAAUGAUGUUUAUCAUUAUCAAUGAUGGCAAUGCAUUUUUUUAUCAAGUAUAACAGAGUUUCGCUUGCGUGCAUUGAGAGAUGUUAAACAGUAUUGAAGGGUCGGCUAUCGAUUUUUUUGUUUGGUAAUGGGAAGUUUGUUGUGUAUCAGGAGUUAAGUGAUUUUGAAUUUUUUAACUUAAUAAAUCAUUCUCAUAUUUAGUAAUCUCUAAUGGGUUUUUCAGUUAUGGUGCUAAAUAUCUAAUGCAUUUUUAUUUAUUUUUUAUUGCAAGGUUUUAACAAUAAUGGCAAUUUGCUACUGUGGAUAUUCAUGUUAAAGACCUCAAGAUUAUAUUUAUUAAUUCAGUAAUUACAGUUAAAUGUUAAACAACAUGAUGAAAACUACAUGGUUGCUUCAGUGGAUGUUGAUCUUUUUCAUAUCAAGAUUAAACCGAUAUUAUUGGAUGUGGUUUCCUUUGCGUACUAAAGAAUCGACUCUUUCUAUCUAUGGAUGUCACAGUUUUGUUUGCUUCAAAAUCUAGGCUUUUUUCAAAGCCACAAUUCUGUUAAAAACAUUACUGAGCAAAAAAGAAAUUUUUUUGUUAAA